AUGUACGCAUCACUCAUCUUUUCGAUACUCAAGAUUAUUUUACAUUUGUUGCAACAAGUGUUAGCAGUGACUGUGAGAUUCAUUCAAAAGGAUGCGGAGGAAAAGAAAACAUCAUUCAAUCCCAUACCGUAUUUCAGGUUAUUCAUUGGUUGGAUGCCUGACCUUAGUACCCUUGAUCCGGUUUUUGAAGAUGCAAUCUUUCAGGUUCUGACAGCUCUAGGAACCUCCUUCCAUUCCCUGCAGCCUCUCAAAGUUCUUGCAUUCAGCUUUGUAUGGCUUGAUCUAGUGAGUCACAGAAGCUUCAUGCCAAAACUACUGAGUGGAAACGUCCAAAAGGAUUGGCCAUAUUUUCAACGUUUACUGGUUGACUUAUUCCAGUUCAUGGAACCUUUAUUGAGGAAUGCUGAACUUGGCUAUCCGAUGAGAAAUAUAGUACUAAGUGCUUUCCCUCGCAACAUGAGACUACCAGACCCUUCGACUCCCAACUUAAAGAUUGAUCUGCUAGUUGAUAUUAGUCAGUUACCUCGCAUUUUAUCGGAAAUGGAUGCAACUCUGAAAACCAAGAAAAUGAAAAAUGAUGUGGACGAGUAUCUAAAGACAAGGCCACAAGGGACUUCAUUUCUGUCUAAACUAAAGCAACUGCUUCUUUCACCAAGUGAGGCAGCAAGGGCAAGAACACGAUACAAUGUGCCAUUAAUGAAUUCCCUUGUUCUUUAUUUGUGA